AUGGCUGAUUCUCAACCAGUUUCAGGAGAGGCAGUUACGCCCACUACAGGCGCUGAUGUUCCGGGUGCUGGGGAGCACACUGACGGCAACCAUAACAACGAAGAGAUUGCGGAGGGGGAUGGUGGUGGGCGGCCGUCGAGAGAAACCGCUUUCCUGACGGUUGGGGAGCAGCAAAGGCAGACAAAAGUCGUGGCGGAUCAAGAAUAUUUCAUCAGGGACCUUUUAGCAGCAAGAGCCAUGCUCCAUCCUGCAGUGCCAUGUCCUCACCAAGGAUGUGAUCAUGUGGUUGCCAACAACGAUGCAGUGCAUUUAGUAGACCACAUCCGCCAUGCCCACGAGGAGAGUCUGACAAACACUGUGCGAUGCCCUCUUCAAGGAUGCGAUGAUGAGGCCGUCUACAACAGUUUACCGGAGCUAGCAUGCCAUAUCCUCAUGGCCCACCAGCGCAGGACCGUGCUACCAUCCUUCAGCGAACUCUCCCAGAGUCUCUCUAGCCCAGAGCAGAGCCUUUCUGACCCUUCUCCCGCUCCCGUGGGGGAGAAUCCGGAAUCGCCGCCAGCUGCGCAACUACCCUCUCCUCAAUCGCAGUUGCAGCAAAACCAGCCACUCCCCCAACACACGUCUCCUCGAGUCGAGUUUAACCCAAAUCCGACAGCACAAGCACCAAAUCCUACAGCACGAGCACCGCGGACCUAUGGCCUCUAUUCCCGGGACCGGACUGAGCAAGUCAGGGAGCAGACCGAGCAAAGGACUCGGUAUAGGGACCCUCGGUUAACGGCCGCCCAGCCGCAAUUGCAGGAGCAGCCACAGGUGCAGGAGCAGCCGCAGUUGCAGGAGCAGCCCCAAUCUCAGAUAACCGACGAUGAUAGACAAGCCGCACUGCUAUUAGCUGCAAUGAGCGGGGGUCAAUUCCCCGCUAGAAAGGCAGCUGAAGACCGUGAACCAACUCCUUACAGCGAAAGCGAAGAGGAGACACAGUCGGAAGGACAAGGGGACGCUCUAGAGGCAGGUGCACGACCCGAUGAGCCCACGACUGUCACGGACCCCCCCUUCGAGCCCGUUGCAUGCGACCAUUGCUCCAUGUGUUUGCGAAGUUUGCCUAAUCCACAAACAAAAGCCCCAGAAGAUGAACCUCCCUUCGAGGAUCAGUGGCAGGCGCACGUAGAUCCUGAACGCAACUGCAGGAUUCCCAACAAGCUGGGAAACCGGGAGAACAUUCCCAAUAGGAGCGGAUGGCUCAGGAACACACCAAAAGACCGCAUAAUAAACGCCAGAAAGGACUACCGUAACAAAAACAAAGACUUGUUCGGACACAAGUUCUAUCCAUUCGAGGGAAAACAACCAAAUAGCUCUUUAUGGAAAUACGACCCCAACAACAAGGCCAACAGGCAGAAUUGGAAUAAACCCUGGCCACCUGAGAUCGAGAAAAGGCUCAGGGAGGAUGCGGCGCGGGAAGCUGAGGCUCGAACAGAGGCACCAGGACCGUCUAGAGCAGCGGCAAGGGCUCGUCCCACCGCAACUCGUAGACGGAAGAGACAAGCGCCCUCGGACAAUGCUGGGUACCGGACUGAGAGUGAGUCGGAUUCGGACGAUGACCUAGAGCCGGACGUGGACGAUAUUAGCCCACCAAAGCGGAGGCGCGUAGCGCGACUGCUCCCCGAGGAAAUACCAGAGCUCGAGGCAGGACCCGAGAUCAAGCUCGAGGGAGAACCCGAGCCUCAAGAGCAAGAGCCGCAGCUGCUAGUGGCCGAGGUGCAAGAGGAAACAGAGCAACAAGUGCCGCCGCCGAGGCGCCUCCUCCUCCUCCAGGGGGCCUCAGGAGGUCUCCUAGGCAACGCGCGCAAAGGAGACAGUAGAGGUGGACGUUUUGAUUUUACGGUAGUGAUUGUUUGCUGUUUUGGAUCGUUUAUUGACCGCAAAAUCGCCUGA